GCCACAGCCGCCGCGCCGCGUGCCGCCUUCGCACCGCCCCGCGCCACGCCACUACGCGAACAACUUUUCCGAAUUCGCGCCAAUUUGUGAACGCCAAAGCGAUUUCGUGUUUGGAACGCUGUGACGUGCAUUGUGUGUAACGGUGUUUCGGAGUUAGACAGAAGAGUGAUUUGAGUGUGUACAAUGACAACGGCGCUUCAAAGAAACAUUUAGUAAAACCUACACAAAAAGUGAUAGUAAACGUAUUCCGGAUUGUGAGUAAACUAUGUGGUAGUCAAGUUCAGUGAUAUGCGUCAAAAAGCAAAACGCACGAAAGCUUCAGUGGGAACUUAAACUGUUGAUGCGAAGGCGGGACGCGAACGCGCACUGUGUAGAUGUUAAACAAUGGGAAUCGUUUAGUGGUAUAAAUGUGAAAUGGACACGUGAUGUAAAGCUGAGUGUACACGAAUAGUGACAGUGGCAUGAGGACGCUGGAGGCGUGACAGCCUCGGGUAAGAGAGGCGGAUGCGACGAGGCAGCGUGUACAGCGUGAGCGAGGGCGUGGAGAGGUGCGCCUGUGCAAGGUAGCGCGGGCGCGGGUGCGGGGGGUGCGGGUGGCAUGGCCGGCUGAUGGAGCCGGGCUGGUGGUCGCCCUCGCCGUCGGCGUCGCCGCCGCCGCCGCCCCGCGCCCCGCCGCCGCGCUGCCGCUGCCGGCCCCUGUUCUCCACCAGCUACAACUGCCUGCCGCACUAUGAUGGCUGGCCCGACGGGGAAGAAGAGUCAUCGGGCGGGGCUCUGCGAGAGCGCGAGCUACGCUCCCUGCAUCGCACAGUUCCCGCGUUGCGGCGCAGGGAACUUGACACACGCGCAAUCAAACAUCACUUCUAUCCGGAAGGAGGAUGGGGUUGGAUCGUAUGUGGCGCGGCGUUCCUUGCACAUCUUCUGUCUACUGGGCUGCAGCUAGCCUACGGCGCUCUACACGUCUACGCGCUACGACACCUCGGACCAACUGCUGACCACGCCGUUUGGGCUGGAGCAAUUUGCGUGGGCGUGUCCCGUGCUGCUGGUGCUCUAGUGGCAGGUCGCAAGAAGUCCCCAAGACUGAUAGCACUGCUGGGAGGGCUGCUCCUGCCACUUGCUUGCCUCUUUACCUCCUUUGCAACGCAGCUGCACCAAAUAUUGCUGAGUUACGGUGUGGUGUUGGGUAUUGGAUGCGGUCUAGUACGCGAGGCUGCUGGUUUGGUGCUGGGGGCGUACUUUCGACGAAGAAGGCAAUUCGUGGAGCUGGUAGCACACGCUGGCGGAGGCGUCGGCAUUGCACUGUUUAGCGUUGCCUAUAAGGAGGCUGUGGGAAAAUUAGGUUGGCGUUUGGGACUGCAAGCAGUAACAGGCGUGCUAGUGUUAGCGUUUUUCCUAAGCACUGUUUAUAGAAGCGCUUCCCUCUAUCACCCUCAGAGAAGAGCGAUUCUACACCUCAAAAACCAGCGUCGAAAGGUGAAAGAGAAAAAAGGUCUGAAGCGCGCCCCCCUAAUCGAUCUAAGCCCCCUACACUCAAGGCCGGCUAGAGUGUUGUUGUGUUCUGCUGGAUUAGCCGCAUUUGGGCUGUACACUCCGGUAUUUUUUCUAGCUCUGCAAGGGUUCCAAGAGGGCUUGGAGGAGAGCGCUCUGGUGCUCCUGCAGACGUUCCUUGGUUUCGCGGCGGUACUCGGCUGCGCUGGCUUCGGGCUCGUGCUGGUGCGGCCGUCUGCACAGUGCCUAGUCUCCAAGCAGUACCUCUGCCAAACCGCCAUGUUAGGAAUUGGUAUUUCGAUGUUGGCUUUAAGCAGCGUAGAGGGUUACCACGGCUACGUCCUGUUCGCGUGGAUGUACGGCCUUUGUUUGGGAGGCUUCCUGUAUUCCAUAAAAAUGCUGACAAUGGAGCGCGUCCGUGGGCGACAUUUCACAAAGGUUUGGGGGUUCGUACAAGGAGCUGAAGCGAUACCAGUAAUAGUAGGUGUACCGGUGACUGGGUACAUCAAUCAACAAGCACCUAGAGCAGGCUUCUACUUCUCGACGGCAACCACUCUCGCGGGGGCUUUACUGCUAUUCUUCGUGGGGUUCUCGAAGAGGGACCCUGAACCACCGCCGGCGCCAGCGCCCACUAUAGCGGAGGUGUGUCCGUGCGUGACGCCGCCCCGUUGCGAGCCAGCGUGGUGCGCUUGCAGCGCUGGAGGGGCUACGGCCUACUGCGCGUGGCCCAGUUCUUCUUGUGGCACGAGAUUGCCCAAGUCCCUCUCGUAUGCAGCGCCGCUAGACAGGGUGUGCUGCUCAGCAGCGCACUGCCCUGACUGUUGGCGGCAAACUAUGCCUUUACGGCCUUCUAGAAGCGUCCCAGAAGGACUGGCUAGACGAGCCAGCACUUGGAAUCGCGGCGGCUCCUGCCGACCAAACUGCCGUCGAAGAGAACAUCACCUCAUAGAACAGAUAACCACAUCUGUAUGAUAUAACAUGUGUUCAUACAAAAACGCAGUGACAUUCGUGUAAAUAUUUUAUCUCGAGUAGUUUAUAGGUACUAACAAUUUCGAAGUGAUAGAUUUUGAAGCAAUAAUUGGAUUGAUCAUUAUGAGUGGUGUAACGGAAAACGUGCAAAGAGAGUUUGGUCGAUUUGUGAUAUUAUGUUACAUUACGUACUUCAGGUGAUUAAGGGAAACUUGUUAACUCAACAUUAUAAUAAACUUGUGCCAAACAACAAUCUAAUGAAUUUCAAGGUCUACUUAUCACUUUUACUAUUGAUGGUAGAGAGUUGUAAAUUAUUAUUAAAAUUAGCCAAUUUUCCAAAAUUCUUCAAGUACUUGUGGGACCUUUACCAUUGUAGUUAUUUACAAACAUCUUAUCAUAACUUCAUUUUUUAUGUCCUAAUUAUUAUAACCAAAAAAUAUUGUACAGACUGUAAUUACGUAAUCAAUGUGAACUCAUUUUUUCCCCUUUUUUAUUUUUAUCAACCUGAAUCAUAUUAGAUGAAACUUCUAUAAAUAAGAAUAUAUCAAUAGUCUGCGUUGCGAAGAGUUAAUAACAAAGUCAAUUUUAGAAGAUUAUUUUUUAAUUGUAGUUACACCGUAACGACCUCAUUCAGAGAUGUAAAUUAAAUUUUAUGCUACAUUAAGUCACGUGUUGACUUAUCGCAAAGAAAUUGACAGCAUCAACUUUAAUCCCAUUUAAAAGUUAAUUGCUCUCUCUGAGUGCAGCCGUUAUAUAAUCAUGUUUAAGAUUUUUUCUUUUGUUAAUGUUGACAGAAGUAUUUUAUUAUUUGUUAGUUGUGAUCAUAUUGUAAUGUUACACAAUUUGUUGUUUUUGUACCAAAGUGUGAGUAUACAAUUUUGGUGAUGAAUAAAAGAUAUUAUGUUAACUUAGAA